CCAACUUUAAUUGAUCAGAAAUCAUUUAUUUUCCCUCUGGAAUCUGAGGGUAAACUUUGGCAACCCCAAAGACAGCAUGGUUCAUUUCCACGUGUCUUUCCAAGAGCAAAGGUGACGGUUCAGAAGUUAAUAAAGGGGUCCACCAUAUCCAAUCUCACGGUUCUGCCAUCUUCUCAUCGCACAGAUCCCUAUUUCACCCCCAUACCAGUCUUACAAGUGGAUGCCAGCAAAGGGAUUUUAAGCAUGAUGGAACGAGGAUUGAUUCCACCAACAGCGAAGAUUAACCUUAAGAAUCCACCCAUUGCACCCAGAGCAGCUCCUCUGCAUAGUUUUGAUGAAGCACAUAAGAUUCCAACUGUAGCCUCUUUUGCUGCAUCUCAGAAACCACGGCAGACUCCAGCAGAAGUGAAGGUCUCGCCCAAGAAACAAAGAUCAAAGGGGAAAGGCAGAAGGUCAAGAGGACACCAUGAUAGGAAGGCCAUGAAAGUGACAACGCCUUCGAAAUCUCUGAAAUCACCGUGGGAUUUUGACUUUUUUAUUUAUAAUGGUGUUACAGACAAGACAGCCCCAGACUUCUUAGCAUUCAAGAAACGUUUUAUCUCAGCUUGGGGAAGUAUUUUUUCUCUCUUGGAACACAUCGAGAAGUUUCUCAGGGACUAUGCAAUACCAGAGGUCAAAAUAAAAGGCAACAGUUUGGUGGCUCUCCUUCCAGAGUUUGAGCUGAAGAAUAAACUUACCAGACAUGAACUUCUGUCAGUGUUAGAGAACCCAGUUGACGUCCAAAUGCUGUUAAAUCUUCCAGGGCAGAGGUACAAGGGUCAAGAUGGAAAGUCAGUGGCUGCCAGAAAGAUCCAAGCCACAUGGAAAUGCUACACAGCAAGGAAAUUCUUCCUCAUGUAUCGCCAGCAGAAGUGGGCGUCAGGUGUGAUCGCCAUUGCUUGGCUUUUAUAUUGCCAUAAGACUCGACUGAAGAAGAUCCUAAAGGAAUCACGGCAGAGACACCUGGAGAAUUUCCGCAUUCGAGCCAAGCAUCUGGCAGCCAACUGGAAUCGCAUCAGGACCUCCAGGAGGACUAUUAUCCAUAUCCCAUCAUUAGGAUAUCCCCAGCCUGUGCGAGAACAUAUUGCCGAUUUCGACACACUGCAGAACAUGCAGCUGGGGAGACUGUGUGACAUCUUAGAUGCCAAUGUGAACGUCAUCUACAUCUGCUCCCAUCAUAUGAAUGACGAGUUAAUGCUAUAUUACAGUAAAAUCCUAAGUCUACAAGCAGCUGUCAAAUCAGGGAACCUUGAGGACAGAAGUGACCUGCAGCACAGGUUCAAAAUUAUCACCCCUGAAGCUGUAAACAUCUUCCCUAAGCAUCACAUGUGCCUGGCCACUCACCUGAUGUACAGUCCCAAGACGCUGAAAAGAAUAAAAAAUCUCAUCCAAGGAAGGGAGGCCUACAUUGUCGGCGGCCUCCUCCAUAGAGAUGACUUAGCUGUGGCAGAUAUGUUAGACAUACCCAUCCUGGGCUCAGAGCCUGAACUAGCUCAUCUUUAUACUACCAAGUCUGGGAGUAAACGAGUCUUUGACGGUGCCAAUGUGCCAGUCCCUCCAGGAAUAGGGAACGUCUAUAAUCAGCAACAGAUGCUAGAACAGCUGAGUCAGCUGAUAGCCGAUCACCUGCAAAUCCAUCGCUGGCUCUUUAAAAUGGACUAUGAGUUCCGAGGAAAUGGGACUGCAUUUUGUGACAUUCCUUGCUACCUAAAGUGCUACGAGUGGGUGCUAAAGGAGAGUAAAAGAUACGGCCCCAAAGACUGGAGGAAGAAAUGGGCACAAGAGCCAGCUUUGGCGAGGAUCUCCAAGGAGCUGGCGGGCAUUUUAGCACAGCACGCACAGCCAGUCAGUGAGAAACAGUUCCCGACGUGGAGGAAAUUCCUCCAAACAUUUCUCCAUCAAGGGGGCGUGAUCGAAGCGUUCCCACCGACAGACAAUGUCACCAACCUGACGGUAGACAUGCUGAUAGAGCCCAACGGAGAAAUCAGUGUGCUGUCCACGGGGGACCAGUUUCACGCCGAAGGCCCCUUCAUCUCCUCCGGUACCACCGUGCCUCAGACCUCAGUGAAUCCCGAAGUUCUCAGUUAUUUGUGCCUCCAAAUCGGAAAGGCCUGCAAAAUGAGAGAUGUCGUUGGUUACUUUUCUAUAGAUCUUGUGACUUUUAUUGAUCCAAGCAGCUUGGAACAGCAGGUGUGGGCAACGGGCCUUAACCUCGCCUAUAGUGACCAGCUGGCCCUGACUCAACUCAUCUUAUACCUCACAAACGGCCAUCUGGACUGCAGUUUGGGCACCCUCGAAGUGCCCCGCUUUGUUCCAAGGAAAGGGAAGAAAACGAACCCCGUUAAGUGUCUCUCAGUGCCGACGCUGGCAACCAGUCGCUAUGCAGUGAUGACCACCCAGCUGAGGCACGACAAUCUCUCACUAGUUUUCCACUAUGUUUUUCUCCAGAUAUGCAGGGCCCAUGGCAUCGGCUAUGACCUUGAGGACAGACAAGGAACUGUUUUUUUAUUAUAUGAGAACCUGAAGAGAGAGAAGUUGGGAAUGUUAACAAUCGGCGAGGAUCUCCAGGGGGUCCUCAUGACCUUUGCUCGCAAUCUCUUCAUCAUCCAUCAAGAAAUAUCAGCACCUAAUAUGCAAGGCGAGACCAAUUUUAAGACCACCAUUGAUGAUAUUGAAACCAUUCUGGGUGUAACAGAGGAAAACAAAAUGAAAUUUCAAGAAGAGCAACAGUCCAAAGUUGAUAAAAACCUCUCUAAUCCUGAUAAAUGAUCCUGGAAUACAUUAUGAUUUUGAAUCCCAAUCCGGAACAAAAAAGGCAUCAUUCCUUUUGCUGUUAGGAAUUAAAAGUAGGGGGAAAUCAGUGUGCUUUGUUCCCUUGGAGGUGAAUUAGAACAGAUUAUAAUGGAAUGCUCUUUUUAAAAAAUUGUCUAUUAAGUGAUCUUAUUUUGCUUAUUAAACCAAAACCUAUUUGUAUUUUCACUUG